AUGGAACUAUCAAAGGUUUUGGUUAUAAACCCAAAUAGUUCUGUCUCAAUGACCGACGAAAUUCGAAAGAAUAUAGAGAAUGUAUAUCUAAUAAAAGCUAGAGUUUUGUCAUUCCAAGUUGAGUAUUUCACAGGUCCACCUUCUUCCCCGUCGCAAAUAGAUGGCAUUGAAACCAGCCUUCAAAGUACAAAGGAAUGUUUACCGUAUUUAAUUGAACCCGAGUCCAAAUAUUAUUAUCAAAAAUUUCAUGGUAUUCUGGUAGCAUGUUUCUCCGACCAUCCUUUGGUUCAUGAACUGAUAAAUUUUGCAAGCAAAGCUGAAUAUGAUGUUCCAAUUAUUGGGUUAUUAAAUUCAAGUAUUCAGUACUGUACUCUGUUGGAAAAUAAGAACUUCUCUAUCAUUACCUCAAACAAGGAAUGGGUUGACAUUUUAAAUAAGUCCGUGGAAGAGAACUUUAUAACCGAAAGUAUUAAAAAGCAACAGUUAUGGCGAGGAACAAUAUCAACCGAGUUGCAAGUACUUGAUUUACAUAGUAAGUGUAACUAUCAAGGCAUUAUAAAUAUCAUCAAAUCAGAAAAUAUUGAGAGAUUAAAAUCGAAAAUUAUCAUUCUAGGUUGUGCUGCAUUUUCCUCUUUAACAAAUGACUUGACCGCAACUUUUAAACAGGAUAACAUUGAAUUUAUUGACACCAUUAUUCUUGGUAUAAACACGUUAAUAAGUUUGAUAGAGUAUCGUAAACUUUAG